UUUUGACGUUUCUUCUCGUCUUUUUUUCGCAAAUCUACCGGUAGAUUCGAACAGUGUUUAGGCAGAUUUUAAUUUAAGCCUUAGCAUUAGGGAAAAUUACUCCAAGUCGUUGCACUCGCAAUGGAAAGUCGGUUAAAUCGUUACGAGAAAAUCGAAUUCCUAGGAGAAGGACAGUUCGCAACCGUCUACAAAGCUCGUGACAUCGAAACGAACGAAAUUGUUGCGGUCAAAAAGAUCAAAAUCGGUAACCGGGAGGAAGCGGCCGAUGGUAUCAACCGAACGGCACUGAGGGAAAUCAAGCUGCUGCACGAGCUGCACCAUGAGAACAUUAUUGGCCUGCUGGAUGUCUUCGGCCACAAAAGCAACGUUUCUCUGGUGUUUGAUUUUAUGGAUACAGAUCUGGAGAUUAUUAUUAAAGAUCCGAAAAUUGUGCUAACGCCGGCCAACAUCAAAAACUACACGAUUCAAACGCUGCGAGGGUUGGAGUACCUGCAUAUGCAUUGGAUUUUGCACCGGGAUUUGAAACCGAACAAUCUGCUGAUUAGUGGAAGUGGCAUCCUGAAGAUCGGUGAUUUUGGUUUGGCGAAAUUCUUCGGUUCUCCGAAUCGGCUAAAUACCAAUCAGGUCGUAACCCGCUGGUACCGUAGUCCAGAGUUGCUGUUCGGUGCCCGACAAUAUUCUACCGGAGUGGACAUGUGGGCGGUCGGUUGCAUUUUAGCUGAACUACUGCUUCGGGUUCCGUUUCUCCCUGGGGAAAGUGAUCUCGACCAGCUGACGCGAAUUUUCAAAGUCAUGGGAACUCCAACUGAGGAAAACUGGCCAAACGUUAAAUCUCUACCUGAUUAUGUGCAGUACAAAUACGUGCCGCCGAUUCCCCUGCAGGAUAUUUUCACCGCCGCAGCGGAUGAUUUGCUGGAUUUAGCAAAUAAAAUGCUCGCUUUAUAUCCACCCGCUCGGUGUACCUGUACAGAGGCACUGAAGAUGCCAUACUUUUCCAACAAACCUGCACCAUCUGUGGGAAGUAAACUGCCGAUGCCGGCUAGUUACUACGCUGGCAGCAAGGACAAAGACGAAAAGCAGGCGGCCUUGAAGCGGAAACUUCCGGACACAGUGGACGGUGCGACCCUGCCAAAACGGUUGCAGUUUUGAAGGAACUCGGCUCAUUCCGAUACAAUAUAUGUCUGGUUGUUUCGUUUUGUUACUGCUCUAUUAUUUAAGUAAAAAAGUAUAAUUAACGACGAA